AUGACACCACAAGUCUUGCUUGAUGUAGAGUCUUGUAAGAGAUAUUGGGAAUUACUAUAUUAUGAGGAACAAAAGGGAGAAGAGACAGAGGAUAGUAGGCUUUGAAGAUUAAUAAUGGAAAGUUGACAGAAGAUCCAAGCUAAAGAUAAAGGAGUAGUGGUCAGCCUCUAUUUCAGAAUGAACCAGAGGACUGUUGGGCAAAUCAACCAAUUACUUACCGAAACAGAAGUUAAAACUAAAUAUAAUUCAGAAGAUAACCAAGCAAAUAACCAAAGCAAAAUAAAUAUCCUUGUUGGUCCUCAAUGCUUGUUCUUCGAACUUGGAAAUAUUUAUAAUGGCGAUAAUGAGAUUAUUGUCUUUUCAAACAACCAAAAUUUCUUCCAGAAAGAAUUCAUUCAAAGAUUUACCAGAAUGAAUAAUAAACAAGGGGAUAUUGAUCUGAAACAAAGAAAAGUUGAAUGAUUAUUUGAAGAAAUUGGAGCUAUCAAUUUAGACAAAAUAUUCAAGAAUAAUCAAGAAGCUAGCACUAAUGCUUCCAUAAGCACAGAUGUUGAAGAGAGUAAGUCUCAAAAAUCCAAUGAGCAAUCAAAUACCAGCAACACAAGUCAUGCACCAAAUAAAGUCUCUGAAUAUGGGAAAUCCUCUGAAACCCACUCAACACUUGAUUUAGACAAUGUUGAAGAUAUUAAAAAAACUCUUCCUGAAUUCUUAGAGAAAAUUACAAACUACUUUAAUAGGCAAAAUGAAUACGAUAUGAUGAGUUUCUUGAAAGCACUUGAUAAUUUAGUUACACAACAUUUAAAUAAACUAGAAAAGAAAUGGAGAAUUACUAUAAAUAAGGAAGAGAAAGAAAACUACUUUAUUUAUAUUCGAGAUUACCUUUGUGAAAAUGAAAUAACAACUGGUGAAUCACUCAUGCAAUUAUUCAUCUUCAAAUCAAAAGCCUCAAUAGAAGAAAUAAAGAAAAACAAUACUGUAAAAAUUGACACCUCCAAUAUCAAAACUCUGAUCUCUGAUCUAAAACCAGAUAUACCCAAAUCUUCCCUAAAAGGCCAUGAAUUAUUAGAUAAAAUUGAAUAUUACGCUUCCGUAUGAUAUACAAUUAUCCUAAAUUUGUUGAGUAAUGACCUCUCUAAGUCAGACAAACCCAUCACUUCAGUAAAGAGCUUGAUAAAUACCAUUUACCACGUGCUCAAAAGUUAUUACAACAGUAAAUAAAGUAAAGAAGGAACAUAAGAGGAUAAUCAAGAAGGAUAAAAGAUUGAAGUAUAUUAUUUGAGAGUUAUUAAAACAGCGAGGAGUAUGGGAAAAUUUAGACUCAGAGGGAGCAGAAAUAAACCACACUCGAUGACAAGCUUUCCUGAAUGAUUUCAGUAAAUAUGAGACUAAGAAAAUUUUAUCUGAAAUCACCAAUGAUAUCAAAAAGAUGAUAAGUCUGCAGUAGUGAAAACAGAAGUACUGGAUGGGGCUGCACCUGUGUUUCAGCCCUUGAAAUAACUGUGCAUAAUUAUGAAGAAAUUA